GACGUUCGCAUUGAACGUAUUUGAUCGUAUACUAACCACCUGCUAGAAAUUGACACAUAGCCUCGUUGCCAUGGCUAUCCAGGUUCGAGACCUCAAGCCCCUCAACAUCAGGCCCGUCCAGCCCCCAAUCCGAGACCCGCCAAAAACCGACCCUUUUGCAUUCGAUCAUCACGAUGACAAAAUCCACGUGUUGCUCUGCGCCUCAGGUUCUGUCGCGACGAUCAAGAUACCGAACAUGAUUAAUGCGCUCGCCAAACACGAGAAUGUGCGCAUACGCCUGGUCUUCACGGCUGCGGCGGCAAACUUCCUGCAGGGCCAGAGCAGUGAACAACCGUCGAUAGAGGACAUUGAGGCGCUGCCAAACGUAGACGCGGUAUACUUUGACGAGGACGAGUGGAGGGAGCCCUGGGUUCGCGGUAAUAAGAUUUUGCACAUCGAGCUACGGCGGUGGGCAGACAUGAUGAUUAUCGCCCCGCUCAGUGCGAAUGAACUAGCGAAGAUCACGCAAGGCUGGUCAGACAAUCUCCUUCUCUCCGUUGUGCGCGCAUGGGAUACCACGGGCCUGAUCGACCCAUUGAGGAGUAUACCCGGUGUGCAAUGGCCACAAGAAGUAAGCAGUGUGCAGAAGAAGAGGAUCUUGGUCGCACCAAGCAUGAACACAGCCAUGUGGUUUCAGCCAAUCACAAGAAAACAGGUGCAAACCCUGGAAGAGGAAUGGGGUGUCAAGAACGGAGGCUGGUUUGAGGUGCUGCAGCCAAUGGAGAAAGAGCUGGCAUGUGGAGAUAUUGGAGGUGGCGCGAUGAAAGACUGGGCGGAGAUUGUUGCUGUGGUUGAGGAGCGACUAGGCCUUGCAUCGCAAUAACCUCUACUUACGUCUAUUAUACUAGACAUAUGCUGUUGGCAAAAAGAAAGUAUUCCUAGACUA